GUAUAAAAAUCCCACUGUUGAACACUUCUUUAAUAGGUCGUAAUUGUAUGAAGUUACUUUUGCUAUAAUGAUACGUCACAUAGUAUUUCAAACUGUUUUUUUUUCUUUAUUGUAUCAGCUAAAUUGUCAGCAAAAAAAAACGCAACGUGAAAAAAAUGAACAUUUUUUAAGCAUAGUAAAUGAUAUUUUCGGACCAAAUAAGAAUUUACUUACGGAUGUAGAACUUCAAAUGCUUUUAAAACGAAAUGAAGUAGAUGAAAAAUUUUCGAUUUUUGAAAACGAUAAACUUCAAGAUAAAAUGUGGAAAUUAGGAUGCAAGUACACAGAACUUUGCCUUUAUAUAAUGUACCACAUCAAAUAUGACAUGGUAAAUAAAAAUAAUAUAAAGUAUAAUGUGCUACAGGUAUUCAAGAUAAUUGUACAUCGCAUGUUAUCGAUAUACUAUUACAUUAUAGGUAUUACUUCGAGCGGCAUCUGGUAUACAUCAAUUACCAUAAAUGCAUUGGUUGAACAAAAAAUACCACCACAAGAAAUUAGAUUUACUUAUAUCCAGAACAUGUUAAACUUUUGUAGGUUUUCCUAUCACAAAAAUAAUUUACAAUAUCUUCCUAAAACAAAUAAUAAUUAUCCUAAUCUUGAUACAAUAUACGAAAUAUCAAAACAAUUAAAAUUGCAUCCCGACUUUAAUUCCGAGACGUUUAACGAAAUUUAUCAGUAUGAAGACGUAUCAAAUGUUUAUAGCUUUUUUUGGGAUAACGAUGAUGGUUAUAAGACAUUCAUUCCUAAAGAAAUAUUUCCAAGUUAUAAUGAAUCUCAUAUAGAAACGACAUAUAUAACUGUGUGCCAAUAUUGGAAAAAGGAUUAUUUUAUAUUGUGGGAAUAUACUGACGCUCUUAAGAGAAAUUUAUUAUUGGUAACUUAUUAUUAUUUAGCUCGUCAUAGUAUUUGUCUUCUAAAUUUCUUUUUAAACGCAUUUGACGAAGGAGUUUUUUUGAAUUUGUUUAAAAUCCCAUUAAACACAAUAACUGAAAUAGGUGUAUUUUCAAGCGAAUUGUUAUUAAGACCAUUCAUAGAUUACGUAGAUGACAUGAAAAAUGAUAAAAUAAUUAACCAGCAAACAUUAAUGAUGUAUACCACUAAAGUCAUAGGAUCUUUCAAUAUACUAGCAAACAAUUUUAAAAUUUCAAAUAUUAAACGUACUGACAUAAUAAAUAAUGAUUCGUCAAAAAAUCCAUUGAAACAUUCAGAUGUAGAAAAUCAGUUAAUGUUGUAUGCUACUAAUUUGCAAAACUAUUUUGAAAAGGUAAGAAAUGGAAUGGCACCUGUUGAUUUUGUUGUAUUAAAAAUAUUUAAGACUAGUAAAGACAAUAUAUGAAACCAUAAUUUUUACUUCAAGUUAAAUUCAGAUUUGAUGCCAUUUUAACAAAAUGGACAUAAAAUUAAGUUUAAAAAUUUUAAGAAUUUAAAUAAAUAGCCAAGCAAAUGAAACAAAAAACAUAUGAGAAUAUGUAUUGUUAGUCGUAAUAGUGUAAACAUGUAAAUAUGAUUCCAUGCAUAAUAGAAACUCAAUGAAAUAUCUGAAAUGUAUUAUAUAGAUUAUUAUUUAGUCACUAUAAUGACUAAAUAUUUAGUUAUACUUAUUUAGUACGAUAUUUAAGUGGUCAAUGAAAUAAUAAUUAUUAAACGAAUUAUUAGCUAAAAAUACAAUAAUUAUUUUAUUAUUAAAUAUUAAAAUAAUCAAUAAUGAAAAAAAAAUUAACACUAAAUUUUAUUCAAACAAAUUUUUUUUUACUUAUUUAAAUAUUUUUAAAAAAUCAUACUACUCUUCAUAUAAGAUUAAAUAAUAUUUUCCCAUUUGGAGCCAAAUAGAAAAUGUUUCUUCUUAGCAUACACUCAGACUGGUUCACUGUGCUACAGUGGCCCGAAGAUUAUUAUAUCUACACCCAGAGAAAAACCUCGAUCUAUAUAAUAAAUUCAUUGUUCAAUUCAAUAAAUAUAUUACUAUUGAACCUAUGAUAUAUUUAUCAAUAUAUUUUAGCUUCGAUGCGAAGCGG